CCGAUGAAGUAAACUUACGAAACUGUGCUCUGUUAAAGUAUAUUUGUGCAUUUGUCGGGUAUUGAAUAUUGUCAGUCGAUAGUUAAAAUUAACAUUUAUUUCCUACUGGUCCGGGAUCGUUCGGAAUUGAAGUGUGUCUUUCGUGAUAUCGUGGUAGAAACUUUUCCCGAGUCGCUAGCUUACAAUGUCAGUAACUGCCUCAAAGCCAUGCCACGAGGAAGAGAAUUCAAGAUUGACAGAGGAGGAUGAUUGGAAAAUGCAACUUGCGUUUUGCAAACCACGGCAUACGGCAACGAUCGAGGGUGUAAACUGCAUUACACAAACAUGGAGACUGAAAGAACGGAUGAAAACUGUGAGCGUGGCUUUAGUUUUGUGUUUAAACGUUGGUGUCGAUCCACCGGAUAUUGUCAAGACACAACCGUGCGCUCGUCUCGAAUGUUGGAUCGAUCCUUUAUCGGUGAGCCCGUUAAAGGCUUUGGACACUAUAGGUUCGAAUUUACAAAAACAAUACGAACGAUGGCAGCCAAGAGCUCGUUAUAAACAGAGCUUAGAUCCUUCGGUCGAAGAAGUGAAAAAGUUAUGUACUUCCUUGAGGCGAAAUGCAAAAGAGGAAAGAGUUCUAUUUCAUUACAAUGGGCAUGGUGUUCCUAAACCCACUAGUAACGGUGAAAUAUGGGUAUUUAAUAGGACAUAUACACAAUACAUUCCUUUGUCUGUAUACGAUUUACAGACAUGGAUGGGUGCUCCGAGCAUCUACGUAUAUGAUUGUUCUAGCGCAGGUAUAAUCGUAGAGUCGUUUCAACAAUUUGCAGAACAACACGAGAAGGAAUACGAGGUUCUAAACUUCUACUUUAUGCUUCGAUUAAAAGUUACGUUUGUAUAUAUCGUAAAUGUUGUUUCGCAGAUGGAAAAGCAGGCGGUUCAGCAGAACCGGGCCACUGGAGUCACAGGCACUACGGUGCCGUCUUACAAAAAUUGUAUUCAGCUGGCAGCAUGCGCAGCUAAUCAGAUUUUACCUAUGAAUCCAGAUUUACCAGCAGAUAUAUUCACAUCAUGCCUUACAACCCCAAUAAAAAUAGCAUUGCGAUGGUUUAUAAUGCAAAAUACAUCGAAAUUGGUACCAAAAAUAUCAUUAGACUUAAUUGAUAAAAUUCCAGGACAAUUGGCUGAUAGAAGGACGAUGUUGGGAGAACUUAAUUGGAUAUUUACAGCGAUCACUGAUACAAUAGCUUGGAACACUUUCCCAAGAGAUUUAUUCCAGAGAUUAUUUAGACAAGAUUUAUUAGUUGCUAGUUUGUUUAGAAAUUUUUUACUUGCCGAAAGAAUACUUAGAUCGUACGAUUGUACUCCGGUUUCUUGCCCGAAGCUACCACCCACUUAUCAGCAUCCUAUGUGGCAAGCAUGGGACUUGGCACUCGAUCUCUGUUUAGCGCAAUUACCAUCCAUUCUUGAGAAUAAAGAUCAAUUUGUCCACUCCCCUUUUUUCGAGGAGCAACUCACAGCCUUUCAAGUAUGGCUCACUCUAGGUUCUAAAAACCGUAGUCCUCCGGAACAGUUGCCAAUAGUGCUCCAAGUCUUGUUAAGUCAAGUUCAUAGGCUGAGAGCACUGGAAUUGUUGGGACGUUUUCUUGAUCUUGGUCCCUGGGCUGUGAACUUGGCUCUUAGCGUAGGCAUUUUCCCAUACGUUUUGAAGUUACUUCAAAGCAAUGCUAGGGAAUUACGUCCAUUGCUCGUUUUUAUUUGGGCAAAAAUUCUUGCAGUGGACAGCACUUGUCAAACAGAUCUUGUACGAGACGGCGGGCACAAGUACUUUCUGUCUGUCCUUCAGGAUACUUCAGUGCCGAGCGAAUAUAGGACAUUGGCAGCAUUUGUUUUGGCCAGUAUUGUAAAUGACUAUCGACAGGGUCAAGUAGCUGCUAAUCAUGGUAGCCUUGUUUCGAUCUGCUUGGAGCAACUCGGCGACUCGAACCCUCUGUUGCGUCAGUGGUUGUGUUUGUGUCUUGCAAGACUUUGGCACAAUUAUGAUAAAGCAAGGUGGUGCGGUGUUCGAGACAUCGCCCACGAGAAGCUGUUUACAUUGCUGCUGGAUUCAGUUCCUGAGGUUCGAGCAGCUAGCGUUUAUGCUUUGGGUACAUUUAUAAAUAGUGUAACUACACGAAGCGAACAUGCAAAUAAUAUCGAUCAAAUUAUUGCUAUAACACUCAUUAAUACAGUCUCUCAUGAUAUGUGCCCUUUAGUUAGAAAAGAAUUAGUAGUAGCACUUCAAUGGAUGGUUUUACACUUUGAAAAUUCCUUUGUAACAUUAGCUUUAGCCGAGGAGAACAGUCGGAAAGACCUUGUUGUGGAAACAUUGUCGCCAUUUAGUGGAUUGAGACGCAUUAGUUCUAGGGAUAGAUUAAAAAUGCUUUCUCCUAAUAAUACAUACAGCGUAGACAGUACGGAUGGAUUUGGCCAGGAUCGUAUUAAGAGGGUGUCGUCGUCGUCGUCUAUUAGUAGUCUAGGAAAUAAUUGGGAGUUCGUGAGGAAACCUUGCGAGUCACUUGGACACAGUUCUCUCGGGAAUUUGCCAAGUCUUUCCUAUGGUAGCGUGUAUAUGAAACUGUGGCAUGGAUUAUGCAGCCUUGAUAAUGAUCCUCAUCCUGCAGUCUCGUCGAUGUCCCAGAAGGUCACCAAUCAUAUUCGAAAUCAGGUUAAAGAAUCUUCUAUGCCUAAAGAAGGGAUUGAAACGAAAAUAUCCUCAUCGUUAUCACUUCCGCCAUCUCCCUCGAAUCGUACAACUUACUUAAGCACUAGCAAAGGGGAAUCACCACCUACGAUAAGUUCUGGCACAGAUUUGUUGCGUUCCUCGAGAGUACAGCCACAUAGCAAUCGUUCUAGGAAACCAAUUCCUAACACGAUAUCGGAGGAAGCGGAUGAAGUUGCCGGGAUCAAAACGCCAUUAACGACUUCGCAGUUUGUCGAAUGGAGUUGUGCUCAAUUUGCCCAGCCAGUUAGUUUAGAAAGUGAAACUGAAUCGAUGAGCGAUAUGGAAAGCAGAGCUCAUUACGAAAGGGAAUGGCGCUACCUAAGAAACAGACGACAAAGACGCGAGGCGAGGGAGGAACAGCUGCGAGCAGUACAAAGUAGAGUAGAAUCGCAAGUAUUCCAUGCAAGGUGUCCACAUUCCCCGGAAGUUUUAACAUUUCAUCCGUUCGAACCACAUUUGGCUGUAGCGUUAAAAGAUUUCUUUGGAGUAUGGGAUUGCCAAACCGGUGCAAAGUUAACUUAUUGCGCAAGUCGUGGGAAUAAAAUGUCACGCAUCACAGCUCUCGAGUUCAUCAAUGCUCACGAUGUAACAUUGUUGAUGACUGGAUCAGACGAUGGUUCGGUCAGAGUGUGGAAGAAUUACAGUAGCACGCUGAGCCGUGAUCCAAUUUUACUUACCGCGUGGCAGGCACUGGCUGACAUACAGCCAGCGACGAAAACAACGACCGCAACAGCUGGAUUAGUUACUAAAUGGGAGCAAAAGUCCCUUACUCUAGCUGUCACAGGUGAUGUUCGUAUUGUCAGGCUCUGGGACGCAGAGACCGAGUUAAAGAAACAAGAUAUACCGACAGGUGCUGAUUGUUGUGCUACUUGUAUUGAUGUUGAUGGCGUAGGUGCAAUGAUGGCAGUAGGUUGCGGUGAUGGUUCUGUUCGCCUAUUCGAUAGAAGAUUGCCGCCAUUGGAAUCGAGAGUCAUGAUUUGGCGGGAGCAUACAGCAUGGGUGUUGGACACAUCUUUGAGAAAAUCUGACAGAUCGACGCCACAGCUGUUUACUGGAUCGUCAUCGGGAGAUAUUAGAAUAUUCGAUCUUAGAAAAAAUUCUUCCGUGAGCACUGUACAAAUAACACAAGGUAUUACAGCGUUGGCAUCCCACGAGGUGGCUGAUAUUUUCGCUUGCGGGUCUACAAAUCACUGUAUAAGCCUUUAUAACACAAUGGGCCAACAUUUAAACACGAUAAAAUUUCACGAAGGAUUUAUGGCUACACGUAUCAGUCCUGUGAGUUGUCUAAGUUUUCAUCCUUAUCGUGUAUUUCUAGCUGCUGGAUGCGUAGACAAUACCAUAACGGCGUACGCGUCCGAGUCACGGAGAUGACUAAUAGAAAUGGAAUUGUUGUAAAAUUAUUUUCAUAAAUACUUACACAUCCAUCGUACUUGAUACCCUUAGCGUGUUAGUCAAUAAGAAAAAAAAAAAAAAAAGAGCUAAGGACGAGACGUUGGAGUUUAUCUCAAGGUCAGAAAAUUAAUUCCUACUUUUCGAUAAUUUAUGUUCUUCUACUGCGUUUCGCGUUAUAUAGAUUAAUUCCCCCGACAAUUAGUUCGUCUGAAGAUAUUAAUUGUAGCUUUUGUGAUCAAGACAUUUGUGAAUAGAUUAAUCGAAGUCCCUCGAGAUGACUACUGAAAAAUCUCGAUAAUUCUACACCAGUGUAUCAGCAUCGAGCAAAAUUUCAUCUGAUUGCAUUUGUCACAAUUACGUUCCACAAAAUAUUUAUAUUAUAAUCACGCUAUAAUCACGUUAUAAUUGCAAUGUAAUUACUGUGCAGUGACUUUGUAAAAGUAAUCAUGGCAAAUGUAAUCAGAUUACAAUUUACUCUAUGCUGCUCUGCACGUUGGAGUGAUACAUGAUUUCUUUUUAACGCAGUUGAGAUUUGGUAUUUUUAAAAAUAAUUAUGCAUAAUAUAUGCAGAUGUGAUGCAACGAAAAAGAUACGAAUGUACGUAUGAAUGUGUUUAAUAUUUAAUAAAGCUUGUAACAUACGCAAUGAAGACGACUGUGCCAUGUAAAAUUGGUAUCAAGCAGAUCGGAGGACAAUUCGCAUAAUUUUUGUCUUAUCUCUGGCAAUAAAGAAUUCAAUGUUCUUUACACGUAUCGAUCUUUCUUUGAGCAACUGUUUUAUUCGUCAAUAAUUAAAAUUCUGAUAGAAUUAAAAAGGUGUCGAUAAAUAUUUUGUCAUAAUCAGUACGAUGUAAUACGAUUAAGAAAACAGGAUAUAAGGGAAACGUAUUUAAAUAAUUUAAAUAUAUUAUUUUAGUUAAUGACUUGGUGCAAUAAAUCGUGACAGAUUGAUAGCAGUGAAAAGUCUAAAUAAGUAACUCUAAAGAAGGUAAUUACAGUAAAUCCAUUGCUGCUAUAUUAACGAACAAUUUGUUUAACAAAACAGUCCGCCUGUUUCUAUUUUUAAUUCUCAUUCUCAUUGAAUUUUUCGUUGCAAAUUUUAAACGAACUUCUGUAAUUGUUAAAUAUAGGUUUACGCGUGGUGGAGUCUUUGAUUAAAUAGUAUUAACGUUAUUUUUAAGUAAUAAUACUUUGUACAUUGUUAAUCGCAAACUGUGAAUAUAUUUUUGUCGUAUUAAAACGCGAAAGUUUGAUAGAAAAUGUCUUCUAAAUGACGAAUGAUUUAAAGAAAUUAUUAAACGCCGUUCGUAAUUCGUAUUCAACUGUUCGGUUGCUGUUUCAUUCGGAGGGUAUUUUAGGAAAUAAUACCUGUAUGUCGUAUGUGUAUAUUGCUACUGUGAACCGUUUAUCGCUAUUACGAUUGUUUUAAAAUGAAAAUCAACACGUCGAUAUAUACGAACAUAAUGCAAUCAGACUUAUAUACACUGAUAACACGAAUAUAAACUGGAUCGCGUAAGUAACUAAUAAAAAAAAAAAAUUAUGUAAUUGAUUGAAAUACGAACGUGUAAAUAUAAUAUGCGUAUAAAAUGUUUCGAUGCGAUGUUAGAGAAACCACUAUCUGCGGAUAAAUUUAUCUCUUCAUUAUUAUACAAUAGCUUUGUUGUUGACGCUCGCGUUGGGAGACACGAUAAAAGACGUAGAUCACUGUGACACUCUGAAAGGGUGAAAUAAAAAUUCCUCGAUUCGGACGUGUCUAGAAGAUGUUCCAAGAUUUUCAGUUUAACGAUAAUAAGAUAUAAGUAAAGAAUUCUAUAAAAUACAAGUCGAAUGUAUCGUAAAUAUUUAUUUGAACGCUGAAACAAAGAAUUAUUGCUCACGUACGCGGAAGCUUGCAUGUAAGUUGAAUAACGUUUUCUGAAAAUGAAAUUGAUAGACCAUUUACGCUGUUGCUUUUCUAUCGUACGUUUUAAGUUUCACGAUGUACUUUCAGGCACUUUAUAUGUAUGGUUUGAUGCUAAUUUUAAUAUAUGUGCCGGAUGUACUUAACGUUAAAAUCAGCAUUAAUUGUAAAAACACGAAUACCUAUAACUAUUUCUGUAUAUAUUAUAUACAGCAAAUGUCGUCGGUGCUGUUGUUAAAAGUAAUUAUUGGGAACGUCGAGUGUUAGAAAGCAAUUUGAG